CAGAAGCGAUCCGACGUCAUGCUCGAAAGGACCCGCCCACUGGAUCCGAUUAACCGAGCUCGAUCAGGAGCAGGAGAAACUGAUCAUGAUGCAUCCGCGUUGCAGGCUGCUCCUGACGCUGAAUAUGUUCGGCAAUUCCUCGCAAUGGCACAACGCUUGGAGAGAUUCAAGAUGCUCUCGGCGAAUGUUGUGACCGGGAUCGUGGAAUCGAUCCAAAAGGGAGGGGAGACUCCAGUUGCAGCAGCAGGCCGCUUCUGCAGCAGCUACGAAGUGCUCGCUUGUGUUGGCCAGGGGGCGUCCGGGAAAGUAUACAAGUGCCGUAGCAAGGAGGACGAACAAAUCUACGCCAUCAAAGUCAUCAAGGUUCGCACAGCAACGAAGUCCAGAGACCAGGAUGUCGCGCUCGUCUUCAAGGAGGGAGAGAUGCUCCAGCGCUGCGAACACCCCAACAUAGUCAAAUACUUCGACAUGUGGAAGGAGGAAGGCGAGCCGGGCAAGUCGAAAGUGUACAUUGUCAUGGAGUUUUGUGGCCGCUCGCUCCAGUCGGUGCUCCUCGGGCGGUGA